AAAAUCAAAAAGAAGAAUAAGAUCACGACACGCGCUUGUUUGUGUAGAAUUUACGUUAGCUGUCUUUGGUCAAUGGCAGGGCUUGAGUUAUUGUCAGAUCAGGGAUACAGGGUAGAUGGACGAAAAGCUACCGAGCUGCGUAAAGUCCAGGCUCGUAUGAGUGUGUUUGCUCAGGCAGACGGUUCUGCUUAUCUGGAGCAGGGAAACACGAAGGCGCUAGCGGUGGUGUAUGGACCACAUGAGACACGAGGUUCUCGCAGUAAAUCCAUGCACGAUCGUGCAGUCAUUAACUGUCAGUACAGCAUGGCCACAUUCAGCACGGCGGAGAGGAAGAGACGUCCACACGGUGACCGCAAGUCCAGUGAGAUGAGUAUUCACUUAAAACAAACCUUUGAAGCUGCGGUUCUCACCGAGCUCUACCCACGUUCCCAAAUCGACAUUUACGUAAAGAUUCUGCAGGCGGAUGGUGGAAACUACAGCGCAUGUGUAAAUGCUGCCACGUUGGCUCUGGUGGAUGCUGGCAUUCCCAUGCGCGACUAUGUGUGUGCCUGCACUGCCGGGUUUGUGGAAGAGACACCACUGGCGGAUCUUAGUCAUGUGGAAGAGAGCGGAGGAGGCACUUCUUUGUCAUUGGCCCUGCUGCCCCGCAGUGGAAACAUCGCCCUUCUGCAGAUGGACGCCCGGCUCCACGAGGACCACUUGGACACAUUAAUGGAGGCGGCAAUGACGGCGUGUAAACGUCUUAAUAAAGUCAUAGAUGACGUUGUGAGCCAACAUCUAAAGGAGGUUUCGGUUCUGACAAGUGACUGAGGAUUAAACUGAUGCUCUGGAUUUUACUAGAGUUACUGUAUUCAUUGAAGGAGCAUAUUCAACCACAAA